AUGGACAACGUCUCUCAGGCGGCUCCGCCGUUCUACCCUCUAACAGAGAGCAACCAUGCUGCUCUAGUAGUAGUGACGGCAAUCAUCUUCUUCAUCUACGCUAUCCUCGGAAUUGUCGGCAAGAUGGUUAUCCGCCUUAAUAUCACUUCCAUGAAGGACUUUGAUAUAGGGCUGCUGGUUUCGGCUCUCAUCUACUUCAUACAAACAGCCCUUGUCGUUGCUGCAUGCAAUAAUGGCUUGGGUGAGCACCGAGAUACUAUCUCGGAAGAUGAUUUUGUUCGCUUUAGCAAGCUGAUGUACGCAUCAAGAAUACUCGCGAUACUUGUUCAUGCCACGACGAAAAUAUCCCUCGGUCUACUUAUACGGCAGAUCAAUAGUCAAGGUGGUCUGCACCUUGCUAACAUGAUACUGGGCGGAGUGGUGACUGCGUGGGCUGUCUCAGGCGUUUUCACAACUGCUUUUGCAUGCCCUAUGCCAGAGCCAUGGUUUGCCGAUAACAGUGUCCAAUGUCCAGCACAAGGGCCAAUAUUUGUAUACAACGGCAUCAUGAUUAUCUCAACGGAUAUUGCGCUGUGCUUCUUACCAGUCGUCAUGAUGUGGGAGGUCCAAACAUCGAUCCGGAGAAAGAUCAUUGUCAUUUCGUUAUUUGGAGUUCGAUUGUUGGUGCCGAUCAUGACGAUACCCGAGUUAACACACGCGAGAUACAUGUUUGGGGGGUCGGAUGACGUGACCUGGCGAGCCGUAUCGGCCAUGAUAUGGGGACAGAUCGCAUUGGGUCUUGCUGUUUUGACAGUCUGCAUCCCUUCGCUGAAAGGUGUCAUCGACAGUCUUCUUGGAUCAACCGCUGUCGCCGCUCUCAACACACCCUACGAGCUAAAGUACAGCGACAAUGGAACAGGUCUCGAGAUGACAGCCCUCUCAGACUCAAAGUCUAGGCGAACAUCCAGACGAACGUCCAAACAAGGUAGUGGUCUGGGCAGUGGUGUACGAAAGAGUUCAAAAGUGAGACACAGUCACCAGCCAAUGUGGCGGCACGAUGUCACGAGCGAAGUACGAACCGAGAUUGGGAGUGGCAGCGAUAGUGUGCGGAAUCUGACGGAGGGAGUCAUGGUGAACACAGACUUUGAAGUUUUCUACGACGAUAAACAUGCUUCACGGGCUGAUUCGAUGGGGUCUACUGAAGGGGCGUAUCGCAUGCAGGGCAGUUAG